AUGUCAAUGUCAUAUUGCUCUCCAAUUGAUUGUAAUACUCAAAUCAAGUCCUUUUCUAACAUUUCUGAUCCUUUGUCUGAUGUUAACAAAGAAAAGUCAAGCCUGAUGAUUGGGAUUGAAG